AUGAUCGAAGGACCACUGGCAUUUACUGUCACACCAGAGACGGUCAAGUCAGUUAGAUUUUGCAAUCGACUGAGCCAAACGCCGGUGAGUCUUUUGAGGCUGUUGGUGCAAGUGAAAGAUCGUAAAUUGGAGGUGAGUUCAGGAGGGAAGCGAAUAGGGGAGAUGGGGCAGUUGAUGAACUUCAAAUCAUUGAGAGAGGAGAGAGAUUUGAGGGCAGUGAUGGACAAUGCGACGUCGUCGGAGCACUUUGAGAGGCGGAGAGAGACGAGGUGGCGGAAGGGUUUGGAGGAGUCACAGGUGGUGGCGUUGUGGAGGGGUGUGGGUGGAGCGCAGGGGUCUUUAGAGGUGGGAACGUUGAGGGAUUGGAGGGCUCUGAGUUGUUUUGGAUCAAGAGUGGAGGUGGAAGUGGAAGAGGGAGAGGAUGGUGUGGUGGGGGUUGGGGAGGUUAAUGGAGCUGGAGACGGUUCUGGGGUGGGUUUUGGGGAGGUGGUAGGAGUGGGGGUUGAGGGUGGUUUGGUUGGUUUUGUGGAGGUGGUUGGGGUGGGGGCUGAAGGUGGUUUGGUUGGUUUUGGGGAGGUGGUUGGAGUAGGGGCUGAGGGUGGUUUGGUAGGGGAAAUGGAUGUGUUUGUUGUAGUGGUAGUGGUGGUGGUGGAUGGUGGAGAGAGAGAGGAGGUAAGGGUGGUGAUGGUGGUGGAGGAGAGCAGGAGAAGGAGAGAGAUUUUGGUAAGGAGGAAACGGUGGUCUGGAGCCAUUGCUGCAAGUGAGAGACAGUUUACAGUGAAGACUGUGAUUGAGAACUGUGAGCUAAAGAAGAAGAUGAAGUCUUUGCGGGUUAAGGAGAAGACCAGUUUGACAACAUCGUUUGCAGCUGUGUGCUAG